AUGGCGUUUCUGUGGGUAGUCGCUUGCCUGGCCCUUGCCAGCUCUGUCUCAGGUAGGUGCUGUCUGCCGGCCAUCAGCCCCUCGGUGCACUACAGCGAGAGGAUUGUCAACGGGCAGAACGCAGUGCCUGGCUCGUGGCCCUGGCAGGUGUCCCUGCAGCUGUCCCCAGGGUGGCCUCCCUGUCACGGUGCCCGUGACAGCCCCGGCGCAGCUCCCACCCCGGCGCUGGCUGCCGCGCGUCCCCCUGACUCGCUCGCCUCUUGCAGCCCGUACUCCCACGUUGUCGUCCUGGGGCAGUACGACCGCAGCUCCAGCGCCGAGUCCACUCAAGUGAAGACCGUGGCCAAGGCCGUUACGAACCCCAACUGGAACCCCACGACCUUCAACAACGACAUCACCCUGCUGAAGCUCUCCUCGCCCGCCCAGCUGGGACCCCGCGUGUCCCCCAUCUGCCUGGCUCCCGCCAACCUGGCUCUGCCCACCAACCUCCAGUGUGUCACCACCGGCUGGGGACGCACCAACCCCAACUCACGACAUCUACGCCUGCAGCAAUUCACCCUGCCCUUGAUCUCCUCCAGCCAGUGCAUGCAGUACUGGGGCAACCGGAUCACCAGUGCCAUGCUCUGUGCCGGUGGGGUUGGUGCCUCCUCCUGCCAGGGUGACUCUGGAGGACCUCUGGUUUACCAGAAUGGGAACGUCUGGACCUUGAUUGGCAUCGUCUCCUGGGGAACCAGCAACUGCAACGUCCGCACGCCGGCCAUGUACACCCGCGUCAGCCAGUUCCGAAACUGGAUCGACUCCGUUGUCGCUCGCGGAUAG